AUGAUAGAUAUCCCUACGAAAGCUGUUCCAGGUCAGUUACUAUUACCUGAACAUGAUUUGAUAGAGACAAGACGUGAAGGGGACAGAGACGUUCCAGUAGUGAGAAAAUAUAUAGCGGGAACGGGUACAAAAUUAGUAUACUAUAAUGACGAGGUAGGUAAUGUCAUAAGAAGUACGAAAGUUGGUGAUCUGUAUGUAGAAUCAUGUACCAAAGAAUCGGAUAAUACAGAAGCCAAAGAGGAAGACAGCACCAGAAUUACGGAAUUCAUGAAAGUUAGUGUUGGUGAUAUGGAAUUGUUAUCGAAGUAUAGUAAUAGUGGCAACAUUAUUCUUCCUAAGGAAGGAGAUGUAGUUUUAUGUCGUAUUACUAGGAUAACGCUUCAGAGAGCAAAUGUGGAGAUUGUUGCAGUCGAAAAUAAGAAUAUACCCGUUGAUGGGGGUGUAGGCAGUAACGGAUUGGGAGAAACUGCUGUUGGUGGUGGUUCUGGUGGUAUAACGUUUUCCAUAUCACAGGCGUCAUCAGAUCUAGGGGAAACAUUUAGAGGUAUUAUUAGGUCACAAGAUGUUAGAUCUACCGAUAGAGACAAAGUGAAGAUGUUGGAGAGUUUCAAACCUGGUGAUAUUGUGAGAGCUCAAGUAUUAUCAUUAGGAGAUGGUAAUAAUUAUUAUUUGACUACAGCAAGGAAUGAUUUAGGAGUUAUAUUUGCGAAGGCAGAAAAUGGUGCUGGUGGAUUGAUGUACGCCAUUGACUGGCAAAAUAUGAUAUGUCCAAGUACGGGUAGUAUGGAGAAACGCAAAUGUGCCAAGCCAUUUUAA